UUUGUUGAACUCCUCCCCUUCAACAGCUGCAACGCAUUUAUACACAUGUGCAAACUUUGCUCAAGCACGACACUCCCCAGACCUGUGCAGCUUAACUCCAUCGACAGUUUCCCAGCAAAACUCAAUUCACCUGUGGAUUUUCCAAGCGUCGCGGAGUAGGACACAGGGAUCUCGGUCCUAAAACUUUUACCCUAAGCUGGAACUCACAAUAGAAGAUGUCUGCUACGGUUCUGUCUUCCAUAUACGAUUUCGACAGGGAAAAGCUCCCAAGUUCAAAUGCAAUCUAUCUCCACAACAUGCUGGAAAAGAGAAAUGUCGGGGUCCCAUUCGCCGCCUCGAAUACCAACAACAACAGACCUUUUGGUUAUUUCAGGAGUAACUCAACAAGCCACAUGGACUUAAACUUGAGCAACCGACUCCAGGUCGGUUUGGAGAGCUCGACACCUGCCUUCAUGAAUAAAGAGAACAAACAUCGCGAGCGCGCGUUCAGUGACACGGGCGAGCGCAGCCAACUUCAGGAACUCCUUCAGCAAAAAGCCGGCUCCCAGAUCAACUCGACCCGCUACAAAACCGAGCUCUGCCGACCUUUUGAAGAAAACGGAACGUGCAAGUACGGUGAGAAGUGUCAGUUCGCCCAUGGCUAUCACGAGUUGAGGAACCUGUCUCGACAUCCGAAGUACAAAACCGAGCCGUGCCGCACAUUCCACACUAUCGGUUUCUGCCCAUACGGCCCCCGGUGCCACUUCAUUCAUAACGCGGAAGAGCGCAGAGCCGCUACGAGUAACGCACAGCCAAGGCUUAACCGGGAGAUUGAACUACAGUCCACGAACCCGUUUAUGACCCAACGGGAAAGACCAAAGCUGCACCACAGCCUGAGCUUUUCUGGUUUCUCCAGUUCCCACGAGCCGGCUUUGAUGGACAGCCCGAUUUCCCGCACGCCCCCGCCGCCCACCUGCGCGCUUGGCUUCUACGAGGACGCGCUCACUCCGAAUUCAACCUGUCUGAAUGCGUUCACGUUUCCCGAUCAGGAUCUUAAAGCGUUUCUCGCGCCAAUUAUCACUCAGACUACAAGCGCGUUCACGCAGCAGAACGGUGAUGCUUUGUACAGUAACAUGCGCCCUCCGUCACCCCCAUUCAAAAUGGGCCACCUGCCCUCCAUGCAUCCACUCUCCGAGUCUCCGGUGUUUGAUGCUCCGAGUCCGAGCCCACCGGACUCCCUCUCGGAUCCCGAGGGAUACCUGAGCGGCUCGUGCUGUUCCUCUGGCACAAUCAGCGGCUCGGAGUCGCCCAGUAUGGAGGCGAAUAGACGUUUGCCAAUCUUCAGCAGGCUGUCGAUUUCAGACGACUAAUAUGCUUUUAUCCCAGUAGUGCCAACUUCAGGUCAAAUAUGGAAUGAUUGUCAGAGAUUGGUUUGACCCAAGUGUUUAUCUCAUGAUUGAGAUUCGAUUUUUCGUUUUUUUUUUUCGUUUUCUUACAAUGACAUACUAAGAUAAUGGCUUGUUAGGCCAGUUAAAGUGUCUGGAAAAACAUUCCCAAAGUUUAAGUGUUUGGCAGUGGUGUAAGAGCACAAGCACUGGUUGUGGAUGUAGCGGGGACCCAUGGUUGACAGUGGAGUGUCACUGCGUAUUGUAUUGUUUUUUUUUUUAACUGUGUGGUAUCAUUGCAUUUUGCAUCAUGGUUUGAAAUCUAUUUAACUUAUUUAUUGUCAUGUGAAAGUAUAGCCUUUGAGGAUAAAUUGAGUCCAUAUGGUAUUUAUCAAAGCUAAAGCAAUACACUUAUCUUCCUGUUUAAAUUGUGAUCUCUGAUAUUAAUCUGGAAACAGUUGGGUUUGUCUCACAAUAAUAUAUUUUUGUUUAUUUUUACUGUAAAUAGGUAAAUAAUUUAAGAAAUUGUAUGCUAUUUAUUUCAAUUUUGUUUACUGUGUAUAUAUUAAAAAAGUGGGAGUGCCUGA